AUUAAACGCUACAUAAAAAAAAAACCAAGUUUUUGAGUAACCCACUACUACUCUCUCUUCACAAAACACAAAAGAAGAGCCUCUUCUCCUUCUUCAAUCUCUCUCUCUCUCUUUCUCUCUCAGAGAAAACAAAAAAAGUAGAGAAAUUUAAGAGUGACCAUAAUGGAUCCGGGAGAUCCUACUUCGAUACUUUUCACAAAGAUCAGAACUUUAGAACCCGAUUUCGCAUCCAAAAUCAUUGGUUACUUGCUUUUACAAGACUUGGGUAAUAGAGAUUUGAUGCGUUUGGCUCUUGGACCCGACACUUUCCUACAGUCCGUUUGUCUCAAAGCUAAAUCUGCUUUAGGUCUUUCUUCUUCUUCUAAUGGAUCUUCCUCUUCCUCUGCUUCGUCCCCAUUGAACCCUAUCUCCAGACCCAUUAACAUCCACCGUCACUCCUUGUCUCAGUCUUCAUCAGGGAAUGGGUUUAUGGAGUUUUCUAGAAACCCUCUUUCUCCUUCUUACACCACCCCUGGUUCUCUCGGAAGUAACCCUAACAUGAUUUCGAGUCCUUUCCAAGCAAGUUCGUCUCUUUUUGCUUCAGAUGGUGUUGGUGCUGUUGCUGCUGCUGCUGCUGGUGACUCUACUGGAAACGGCGAUUUACUCGAUGAGCAUCAACUAGGGAACUACUUGUCGUUCCUCAACGAGUCUUCUUCCAAGAACAAGGACGAAUCUGUGGAUCCGUUUGGUUUCUCGUCUGAUAAUGGUGGAGAUGCGCAUUUGCAUAAGAGGAGUUUCUCAGCCAGUGAUGCUUGUUUCGGCUCAGAGGAGCCCGGAUUUGGCGGCGGCGGUUACAACAGGUUCCAACACGGUGGUUUGGGUGAUGAUUUUGAUUCCUCCCCUGGUGGUUUUGGCUCGCCGGAUUACGUUACUAGACAGCAAGAGGAGAUGAUGAGGAUGAAGAUGGCUCAGAGGCAGCGAAUGGCCGCUGCUCAGUACUUGGCGGCUUCUGGUUCUCCAAUGUCGUAUGAAAAAGGUCUCAGUUUGCUCUUGCAUCAGCGUAAUGCGCACAGAUCAGGAGCAGGACAAUUUGGGGAAGAGGGUUACUGGUAUGGUAGUCCAGGCCGGCAUGAAAGGGAUGAGUUUAUGGGAAUGGGAGAUAAAUCUAACUCUGCAUCUAAACAGAUUUACUUGACAUUUCCAGCUGACAGCUCCUUCACUGAUGAAGAUGUCUCCAAUUAUUUUGGCAAUUUUGGACCAGUGCAAGAUGUUAGGAUCCCCUACCAGCAGAAACGAAUGUUUGGGUUUGUCACUUUUGUCCACUCUGAAACUGUGAGAAUCAUAUUGGCCAGAGGAAAUCCUCAUUUCAUCUGUGACUCACGUGUGCUUGUUAAACCAUACAAGGAGAAGGGAAGAAUCCUUGAAAACAGAAGGCAGCAGCAACAAAUGCUGCAGCAGAUGGAGAGAGGAAACUAUUCUCCUGGUUCAAGUCCAUCUGGAAUGGAUUCCAGGGAUCUCUUUGAUUGUCACCUCGCACCAAGGAUGUUUUCUAACACACAGGAGAUGAUGAGGAGAAAAGCUGAGCAGGCAGCUGACCUGCAACAAGCAAUAGAAUACCAGAGGAAAAGAUUUCUGAAUCUGCAGUUGCCCGACAUGGACAGUGAAUCGUUUCUCCAUCACCAGCGUGGUCUUGUUAUUGGCUCACCCGUUCAUUUUGCCCCUCGUGGCAAUCAAAGCUUGCUAUUUCGAUCAGAAAACACCAGUGAUGAUGUCAUCGAAGGUAAUGGUGAUUCAGGACAUUUUCAGUCUGAAGCAAAUCGAGCGUUUCUGAGUAAUACUGAUCAUAACAUCAGCCAAGAACGUGGUUACAAUAACCAUCUCAACAACGGGCAAGAGACAAGUCUGGAGAACGCUCUGCCUGAUAGCUUCUUUGCUUCCCCAUCGAAGACCAGUGAAAGCCAUGACCCCGAGUUUGAGAAAGAGAAUUGUGCUACUCUCUCUGUUACUACAGAAAAUAAGGCAGCCUCGUCACUUCAAUCAGCCUAGCAAUUGGUUCGAUAGAAGCAGAAAGAAAGUAUGAAAAGAAAAGUAGAGACUGAUAAAAGAAGCAAGUAGAAGUAUUUUGUCUAUAUGUAGAAGCUAAAGCCGGUUUUAUAAUAUGGAACAGAAAGAAGGGUAGGAUAUUACAUAUUUGGAAAAAGGCAGUUGUGUAAUGCCAAUAUGCAAUAGAAAUUACAGCUAAGUACUAACCUCGACAAAGCAUUGAUAGGCAGAACUAUAUAGUGACUAAAACCUUCAAGUUUUAAGUUUUUCGUCUGUUCAUCGAUAAUUGUUACCUUUCUACUGUGUUACAAUCCUGGUUCUGAACAUCAGUUGUCAAUAUAGAUGAAUGUCUUUGUCUU